AGUGUGCUGACCUGGGAAAGAAAGAGAACGUUGACAUUACCUUCAACAAACAAAACGGAAGUGUGUUCUUGUGGUACAGACCUCAGGAGACCAACACCACCAUCAGUGUGAACUUCCAAAUCAUCAAUACCACCAGUACCAGAACGACCAUCUACGCUCGCGACACCUACCACUUUACACGGCUCAAGGUUAAUCAGAUUUACCAACACCAGAUUGGAACGAUCAUUAACGUGAAAGGAAUGGACGUAUAUCUGGGCAAUGUGACCAUUACCAGCAUUACAGCGUCCAGCUCAGCCCCCGUGGAGUGGGUCAGGUGUACAGUGGCAGGAAAGUUCUCAGUUUUACAUGAUGGUUCGAAGCUCUUAGUGGAGAAGUUGAAGGUGGCACUGGCCGCACAGGCGCUGGCAGCAAGUCUACAAAUAGUGGUGGUUGUGCUGGUGAUGGUGAUCAUGAUAUUGGUGGUGGUGGUGGUGGCUGCUCUCCUCUAUCACAUCGACAUCCUCAGGAGAAAACCAAUACCAGUUGUUGAGACAGAAGUCCGGCCCAACACACCCGUUGAAGAGCACGUGUACGAGGACUGGGACACUGUAAGGAUGAGGGACGACGCCCGCGCCUCCGCCCACGUCAGCGAGAACAGUCUUUAUAUGGACUAUCAGGAGACACGUAAACAACUAUAAGUUUAUACCUUCACUGUAGAUCAAGCAACAACACAGCAUAAACAACUUUAAUUUCGAACGCUUAAACAAGAACAAUGAAGAACAACGUGAAGCACACUAAAAACAAGACAGAACACCAGUACCAGUGAUAUGUAGCUUGAGUAUACAAAAACUGAAUACAAGUGAUAGGAAGAAAAGUUGAAAACAAACUUUAUUAAUAAACAGCUUUAGAAAAUACUAGAAAAUACUGCAAACAGUAAUGACAAUUUUUUUUAACGUAUAAAUAAAAUUAUACAAUCUUGCUAUAAGUAAUGUAAACUCAAAUUAUUUCAUGUUUAGUAUUUUGUCCACUGUAUGGUAAGGAUAAAUCUCAAAAUGUAUUCAAGAUAUUAGAUUGCCAUUAAGGGUGAUAAUCAUGAUUCUUAAAAACGAAUUAAAAAAAAUGGAUUUGUAGCUUUUGAGGUCAAGAACGGAACUGAUUGCAGCAUAAAAGGUGCAAAUGCAAGGUUUACCAUUAUAGAUAAUGUGGUGUUUAAAUUGUCUUGAAAUGACAAUUUCAAGACACGGCUAACAGACAAUCCAUCAUCUUUCAGAAAUUCACAAAGAUUCCGCUGUUAGAGACUACACAAACAAGGCUCUACCAAAUACCAAAUCAUUUCAACAUACAAAAAGACCUUUUCCAGAUAUAUCCUGAAGAGCAUCCUUAAAAAUAGUCAACAGAUAAAACGAUAAAAGCAGCAUAGAAAUAGCUGAAGCACUGCAUAUCAAACACUCAUUGAACUAUGAACAGCUUACAAUUAGGUCACCACCAUCUGAGGCCAAAACUGAACUAACAGUUUCCACCUCACCUCCAGCUCCAGCCGAUCACAGAAAAUGCAGUACAUGAUUAUAAAAUCCCCCUGAGGUGUAAUAACUCUCCUUUAUUCAUCCACCACUUAAUACUUUCACUUUACCUUGCCUGUUGAAAACGCUUCAAAUAAAAUGCGUCAUUUAGGCUCAACAACGUGUGUAAAAUGAACAUUUGAAGAGAAAAUUGAUUUAACUUUCCAUAUAUAGAAAAGAAUUCAGGAUAUUUUGUCCACUAGGCCUACAAAUGUAAAUUCAGACGAAUUUUUAGCUAAGGUUAAUGAUCAAGUCACCUCUGUAAUAUUUACUAUAGAGACUGAAAUUAAUAAAUGUUUUCCAUUUUUAGAUAUACUUAUUCAUAGGGAAUAUUUUUCACUAAAGUUUAUUGUUUACAGAAAACCUACAAAUAAUUUAUUUUAUGUUCAUUAUUUCUCAGGGCACAGAUGCAACGUGUAACAAUAAAUUGUUUCCUCUUUGUAUCUAAGAGUUCUUCGAAUUGUUAGCCCAGAAUUCUUGGAUGAAGAAUUUAGGAAUAAUGAUUUUUUUGGUCUCAAGUUUUGUUAUCCAUUGAGUUUUUUUGGAAGUUUGCCACAGCAAAGUACAUCGUAUAAAUUACAAUAAUAUAUGCAGUGAGAAAAUUUGGCCAAAAUAUAUGUUAUGUUUACCAUAUUUUUCUGGGUUUGAAAAUAUUGUCAAGGCCUUGAAACUUUUUUAUAUAAAUGUAUUGUUUAAUUAUGAAAAACUGUUGGAAAAUUAUUAGUUAGAAACAGUCAUCGUAUCGAGAACGUUGUCAUUUACAAAAUACAUUGUAAAGACUAAUAGGUUCUAUGUAAGUCAAACGUCCAAUGAUUUGAAAUUUAGAAUUUUGAAAAAUAAAUAAUCCGUAGAACAGCCAAUUGUCUAUUACUUUGUUGGUUCAUCUGUCAGAAAGUUCUCACCCAAAUUGAUUGGGCGAGGGCUUAUCCAAUAACGAAUUGUACAAAUAUUUUCAAUAGAAACAUUAUUGAAUUUGCUUUAAUGCAGAUUACAAAGACAUGCAAUUUGAACAUUUAGUAGUGGUUUGUAUAAUUUAGAUCCAUUUUUGAUUGAUCAGUUAAGAAACGAUUUAAGUAAGAUCAUUCAUACACAUGUGGGGAAAAGUGACUCAUAGGAUUUAUUUUUAAAUCAAUUUAUAUUAAUGAUUUUUUAUAUAUAAUUUAUAUUUCAUUUAUUUGGUAAUUUAUUUCUUACCUUAAUUUAUUUGUUUCUAUAACUGACUGUAUGAUGUUUAAAGUGGACUGUUCGAUUUUAUUUGCACACAGCAUGUCCUACACGACCUGAUUUUUGUUUAUAAUGUAAUAGUCUAUCAAUCGGAAUUAUCAAUUGGUAAACAAUUCACGACAAUGUUACUAGGUGUUAAGACUACAUAUGUUAGUAACUACUAGGGAAGCCUUAUAUGAUAAGAAAGCUUCAUUCUGCAUUAGAUUGGUGUAGAGUAAGUGUGUAUCCAGCCAGUCUCGUGGGCUCUCAUCAUUCAGUGACUCUACAUUAAUAACUUCACUUCUCAAUUCACCUGCCAACGAGAUUGCUCAAUAAUAUUUGCUGCAUAUAAAUUAUUCUGUUAAUAUGUAUAUUAUAGUACUCUGAA